CGAACGUUCUCGAACACUGUGUGACUUACUGAGCAGUCAUUCUCAUUUGUGCCCGACAAUUUGGCUGAAAAUCGCAUUUUCUGCUGAAAAUAUACUUGCGAGCAGUGACCGCGGUUUAUUAAAUUAAUAUACAGCCAACGCAACAACAAUAAAAUGUCGACAGCAGGUCCAAUUCCGCCACCAGUUUCGUGGGCUCAGCGCAACGACUUGAUCUACGUUAUUAUCGAUGUGGAAUGCAAGGACAUUGAACACAAAGUGACAGAGAACAGCUUCACUUUCAAGGGUGUAAACGCGCUGGAUGCCUCCAAGAAAUAUGAAGUCACAUUGAAUUUUUUCCAUUCGGUUGAUCCGGAGAAGGUGUCAAGUAAGAAUAUUGGACGCUGCCUUGAAUUCACAAUACCCAAGAAAGAGAGCGGUCCCUACUGGCCCACGCUGACCACGGAUAAGACCAAAUUGCAUUUCCUGAAAGCCAACUUUGCCAAGUGGCGCGACGAGUCUGACGAAGAAGAAGAUCCUAAGGACAACGGCAUGUUUGGCAACUUCCUUAAUAGCCCGGGCGGCGAUUGGAACAACAAGUUUGAUGAUUUCAAUGUCGACGAAGACGACGACUCUGACGAUAACAUACCGAGCCUGUCGCAGAACGAUGAGGAUGAGGACGAAGGUGGGGAGGGUGACAAAGAAAAGAAACCAGCCGCUUAAGCAGCUAGCUGUAUGGGCAUUUUUGGAGUAAUAGUCGUAGCGUUAGCCGAGGCCCCUAUACCGUUAAGUCACACACACACACAUAAACCUGCACACACACACACACCUUCAUAAACACUUAUUCCAAAACACAAACUUGAGCAGAAAAUACGGUAUGUUUACGAAAACAGCUGGAAAGGAGC